AUGGAAAAUCCACUCUGCCCUCCUCCGAGUGCGGCAAAAAUGCCUUCAGCCAAGCGGGCAUGCGCCAGACCCAGAAGGAACGGACAUGAUACGGAGAAAUGGCCUCUGCAAGAGUUUAGCAUGUCAGCCGCCAGUCGGUCAGCCAGCAAGACUUGA